GCAGAGAUAGUGACCAGUGGCUCUCCUUGUCGAGACUUCAUUUAAACCCAUGAGGGCAGACGAGAUUUGGGUGCCAAGUGCUCUCUUCUCAGGUGGACACCGUGAUCCAUUCAUUUGCCAGACCUGGAGGCCUGGGAGCAGCCGUCUCGUCGUUCUCCAGGCGGUGGGAGGAAAGAGCUUCGCUACGACUUUCAUCCCUUUAAACCCUGCUGGGGGCUGUUUACACUCCUCCGGCGCAGCUCCUUGGGGAACCCAGGCAGGUGUGAGACAGUGGGGCGAAAACAAAACGAGGGGAGCAGAAAACCUCCGCUCCACCGCGAGGGCCGCGGCACCGCGCCUGCCCGCCACGGGCGCCGCGCGUCCCGGCCGGCGCGGCGAGUCCGGGGCGGUGCAGCCUCCGGACUACAGCUCCCGGCGUGCCAGCGCCGCCCCGCCUUCAGCUCGCCGCCUUCCCGUCUCCGCGGUGAGAAAAUAACCCCGAAGUUCCCCGCGAUCAGCUGAUCCCGGCUGACAACGAGGGGAGCGGGCGGAGGGGGCGCGGGUCCUGGCCGGCCCUGCCCUGCUCAGUUCCCCCGGGCGCCCCGACUGCAUGGUCGACCCCUGGGGGAGGAGAACCGGGAGAUCCCCCCCGGGCGCACAGGGGACGGGGGGGAGGAGGAAGCCGCGGCCGGGACCCGAGUCCUUAGUCACCGGGUGCCGGCGGGAGGAAGGGGAAGAAAGGUGGCCGCCGGCUUGUAAACAAUAGCCCCGCUCGCGGCGCCCCGUGCCGCGCCGCCUUUGUUCCCGGUCGCACCGCGGCUCCCGCCCGCUGCCGCUGCUCGGCGGAAGGAACCCGGGGGCUUCCCCCUUCCUGGCCGGCCGGCGCGGCGCCGGGCGCAGCCCCAGCUGUCUCCGCUCUCAGCUUCAGGGAAAUACUUGCUGUAUCUGUUGAAGUACGCCAGCCAGGGGUUUUUUGUCGUCACUGACAGUACGUUAAACAGCUAAGUAGAGAGAGAACGUAUACCAGCAUUUGGGUAUAAUAAUACAUUAAACCAGCCACGCUGUCUAAGUUUAUUUUGGAGGAAGAAAACUUCAUUAGCAGUUAACAACACUCUUCCUGCAAAGCAGAAACAGGAGGGAAAAACGUUGCUUUAAAGAAACCUGAAGAUGAGUGCCCACACGCAAACUGUGGAGAAAGGACAGAACACGACACUCCUGUGCCAGGAAAGCUAUGUUUGCAGUGGGACAGAUGAAGCAAUCUUUGAGUGCGAUGAGUGCAGGAGCUUGCAGUGCCAGCGUUGUGAAGAAGAGCUGCAUCAGCCAGAAAGGUUGCGGAACCAUGAACGGACCCGUAUAAGACCCGGCCAUGUCCCAUACUGUGACUCCUGCAAAGGUGCCAAUGGGAACAUAAUGCAUGCCAGUAUGACGGGCUCAAGGCAGAUAGCAGCAGUGAGGUGCCAGGUGUGCAAAAUCAACCUCUGUGUGGAGUGUCAGAAGAGAACACAUGCUGGGGGGAACAGAAGGAAGCAUCCUGUCACUGUGUACCAUGCUGGCAAAGCCCAAGAACAGGAAGAGGAGGAGGGGAUGGAUGAGGAGACCAAAAGAAGGAAGAUGACAGAGAAAGUUGUGAGCUUCCUCUUGGUGGAUGAAACUGAGGAGAUUCAGGUAAGGAAUGAGGAAGAUUUUAUUAAGAAACUGGACUGCAGUCCUGACCAGCACCUAAAGGUAGUGUCCAUCUUUGGGAACACAGGGGAUGGAAAGUCUCACACCCUUAACCACACUUUCUUCUAUGGCCGGGAAGUCUUCAAGACAUCUCCUGCCCAGGAGUCUUGCACAGUUGGAGUCUGGGCAGCCUAUGACCCUGUCCGCAAAGUGGUGGUCAUUGAUACGGAGGGCCUCCUGGGGGCCACUGUCAACCUGAGCCAGAGAACACGGCUGCUGCUGAAGGUCCUGGCCAUCUCUGACCUUGUCAUCUACCGUACUCGUGCUGACAGGCUCCACAAUGACCUCUUCAAAUUCCUUGGUGAUGCCUCGGAGGCUUAUUUAAAACACUUCACCAAGGAGCUAAAAGCUACCACAGCCCGCUGUGGCCUAGAUGUUCCUCUGUCAACUUUGGGUCCAGGUGUCAUCAUCUUUCAUGAGACUGUGUACACCAAGCUACUGGGCUCUGAUCAUCCUUCUGAGGUUCCUGAGAAGCUCAUUCAGGAUCGGUUUCGGAAGCUAAGCUGUUUUCCUGAAGCUUUCAGCUCAAUUCACUACAAGGGAACAAGGACGUACAAUCCUCCAACAGAUUUCUCUGGGCUUAGGCGAGCUGUGGAGCAGCAGCUGGAGAACAAUACUACUCGGUCACCUAGACAGCCCGGGGUUAUCUACAAAGCACUAAAAGUAAGUGAAGAAGAGUUUGUCACAGUGUUUAUUUGUACCACUGUUGCUAUUAACUCAGCUGCAGCUCAGAAAGGCAGAGCACCUGAAACAGUAAUGCAGACUUGCAUGCAAGUCUUCCAUGAGAAUGAGCAACAACUCAUGUAUUGCUCUUGCAUAAUCAGGUGUGGCUGUAAGAAGAGCAUGAACCAUGCAAAGGAAGGAGUCCCUCAUGAAUCCAAAAGUCGAUGCAGAUAUUCUCACCAGUAUGAUAACAGAGUCUACACUUGCAAGGCCUGUUAUGAACGAGGGAUGGAGGUCAGUGUGGUGCCAAAAACCUCUGCUUCCACGGAUUCCCCUUGGCUGGGCCUUGCCAAGUAUGCCUGGUCAGGGUACGUGAUCGAGUGCCCCAACUGCGGCGUGGUGUAUCGCAGCCGGCAGUACUGGUUUGGCAACCAAGACCCUGUGAACACUGUAGUGAGGACAGAAAUUGAGCAUGUCUGGCCAGGGACUGAUGGAUUUCUGAAAGACAACAACAAUGCAGCCCAGCGUUUGUUGGAUGGCAUGAAUUUCAUGGCUCAGUCAGUAUCUGAACUUAGCCUGGGACCUACAAAAGCUGUGACCUCCUGGUUGACAGACCAGAUUGCCCCAGCUUACUGGAGACCCAACUCUCAGAUUCUGAGCUGUAAGAAGUGCAACACACCUUUCAAAGAUAAUGACACAAAGCAUCACUGCCGGGCCUGUGGAGAGGGCUUCUGUGAUGGCUGUUCUUCCAAGACCCGUCCAGUGCCUGAGCGAGGCUGGGGACCAGCACCAGUGCGCGUGUGUGACAACUGCUAUGACAACAGGGGCAUCCAGUUAGAUGUGGCUGAAUUGCCUUCAGAUGAGGAAGGGGGUACACUUAUUGCCAGGAAGGUGGGGGAAGCUGUGCAAAACACCCUUGGAGCGGUGGUGACAGCCAUGGACAUUCCCUUAGGUCUGGUAAAAGAUGCUGCCCGGCCUGCAUACUGGGUACCAGAUCAUGAAAUCCUGCACUGCCACAACUGCCGGAAGGAAUUCAGUAUCAAACUCUCCAAGCACCACUGUCGGGCCUGUGGCCAGGGAUUCUGUGAUGAGUGCUCACAUGACCGCAGAGCGGUUCCCUCUCGUGGAUGGGAUCACCCAGUCCGAGUUUGCUUUAACUGCAAUAAAAAGCCUGGUGACCUUUAACCCCAGGCUGCUCUCCAGAUCGUUGCAAUUCCUUAUGUUCUCAGGGUUACAAAUGAAAAUACCUGAUCUCCCUUUCACCUUCUAACCUGUUGCAGCCAGAGUGCAUGUUUCCAGUUUCUGGCCUCCUCUCGUGUUAUAUCCAUCUUGGAACACUGGGAAUGAGCUUACAUUCAGCCUCUAGGUUUUAAUUUCCAAUUAACUGGGAAAGGGAGGGAGCUCCCUUGUAAAUGAGCAACCCAAAAUCCAGUGUAUUUUAUUCCAAUUAAAAAAAAAAAAAACAACUCUAUAUAUAUAUAUAUAUCAACUAUGUAUAAUUUAGUAUAUUAAGAAUAUGGUUGAAAAUGAAGCUUUGAGUAUUCCUAGUUCACAUGAUGGAUGGUGGUGUUCCUUACUGUGUUGGAUCAGAGUUAUGGCCUUCUAAUUCUUCUUUUGGAAUGUCUUGCUGAUCAUGAUGUCAUGUGAGGAAGGUUUGGACUCUGCUGCCAGGAAUCUCCAGUGUUGAUAUAUGAAUUACACCUGGUAGUUCAGCCAACUCUGCAUCUAGAGGUGCUGCUCUUCUGGCCAUGGAAGAUUAAACCCAGAUUUAUUAACAAUUUUGUUUGAACUGAUAUGAGCAAUGGUCUUGCAGUGCAAGAGGUAUCAAGUUAACACAGACUCCCUGGCAGAGACCGGUAGAGCUCUGAAAGGUAAAGCAAAUCCUAUGGCACGAGGCAAAGCAUUCUGAUCUUGCCAUUUCAACUUCAAUACCAGAUCAAAAGGUAGCAGGGUUUUUCUCUCUCUGACAAUGUUUUCAUGUACUCAGGUUUUCUUCAAGUUUCUCUGUAAGAUCAUUGCAGUUAGAAGUUUUGUCUGGAGCAGAAGAGAACAAGUUUUGUAGGCAAUUCUGCGAUACAAAGUUUGAGUUGUUUCGGUUGUGAUGACUUUGCUUUUCCCCCACUUUUUAAGUGAUCUUAUAGUCUCUGAAGCCUCUGUGUUCUCAGAUAUGGUUACAUAGAAACUGCACAGAUUUGUCUUAGUUUCUUCUAAUAAUAUGAACUUACAAAUCAGCCUGGAAAAUGGGAACCUUUCUUCUUUGCUCCUAGCAACUGGCACUCACUGGACUUCAUCCUUUUAUGAAAGGACUGCAAUGAAUUCACUGAUUUUAUUAUGAAAAGCACCACUUUACCUAACUUAUACUGUCAUGUACUGUGGAUUUGUGGUUCCACUUAUAAGAAGUAUGAGACCAUUGUGGAUUAAACUGCCUAAAAUUCUCCCUUCUUGGCUUACAUAGACAAAAAUUCUUUCACCACAUGAGAGUUGCCUCCUCUUGGAGUGGCUGGAGUUUAAUGCAGUGUCCUGCAACUGUGGUAUUUUUUUCCCCAGCUUAAUAAAUGUGCUCUUGUGUGAUGAGAUGCCCAAAACCCUGUUUUAAGAUUGUAUUAUUAAAUUAACUGCUAUAAAGAACUUUAUCUUCUGAACAAGUGUACUGACUUUCCUUGUAACAAGCGGUUCUCACUUUGUCUCUGAAAGACCAUGCUCACAAAGUGUUUGUCCCUUCACAACUACAUCCAGCCUACACAAGGAAGUAGACUUAGAAGAUGUUCCAGGACACCUUCGGUACUGGCCAAGUUUACUGCGGACUGUCUUAUGUUUUUGUAAGCAAAAGUCUGCCAUAAACUGACUGUUGUCCAAGUAAGGGCAUGAGUAGGUAGAAAUCCUCUCUUAAAAGACAUUCUGUACAUCUAGCAUAAUUCUGUGCUUCAAAGUAUUCUUUAUUUUUUUAAUGGGUGAGCAAUGUGUUCUUGGUUUGUAGGCUGUGGCCUGUGUGCUGUUUAUGCAUGUAGCUUUACUACCAUGUUAAUGCACAAAGAGAAAGCAGCCAUGACAUUCCUUGUAUAAAAUCUUUGGCAUCUGUUUCAA